AUGGCCUCCAAGGACCCAUCACCUUUCCUGCUACUCCUCCCACCGGCUCCCUCACCUCCAAAUGCGCCGGCACUGAAAGCCGCCUUCGGGGACACCCUCAGUCAAGUACUGAAAGAAGUUGCCUCCCACUCCUCGGAGUCAUCCAAAGCAGCAGUCCUCGAGAUCGCCUUAGCUUGCCCUCACCUUGUCAACCAGGCCCAGACGCCCCGAGCGGAUCUUUACGAUGAGACGCAGACACUGCUGGCAGCUGUCUACAAGCUGAUAUGCACUAUCGCGGCCAAGGAACAUGUUAACAUCGAAGACCAGGAUGGGGUUGACGUUCGCGUCUUGCUGAUUGCCUGGUCGCCGGACAUUUCGAAUGAAGACCUACUAAAGACGCAAGAAGGAGCACCGUAUGGCCCCGUCAUUGGAAUGUUGAAUCUGGCACGGUCACAGAGAUCCUGGCAGUACGCUUUCGGCGUCGAGUCAGAAUCAGGCGAGAAGAUGGUGCAAGCAUUCGUCGCCGCAAAAGGCAGCGGCGAGUCCUUCGACAGAGUCCGGAGUGGCCCAGUCCUCAUCAACGACUCGAACCGCUCGAGCAAUCAGAGCGCCGGCAACGAGACCUCAACAUCCUCCACCACCGAAUCUCACAUCAAACACUCCCACGUCGCCGUAGGCGGCACCUUUGACCACAUCCACCUCGGCCACAAGCUCCUCCUAACCAUGACCAUCUUCGCGUGCGAUCAGCUCCGCCUGGGAACCGCCGAGCAGCAAACCGCCACCAUCGGCAUCACAGGCGACCAACUGCUCGUGAACAAGAAAUACGCCGAAGUGCUCGAAGCAUGGGACUCCCGCUUCGAAUCCGUCAUGGCUUUCGUCAACGCGCUCGUGGAUUUCCAGACACCCGGUUCCUUCGCGCAGAGACAGCUGUUCAAGCGAAACGAUCCCGGUCCGAAUGGGAAGGUCUGGGGAACGGCGUAUCCGGUGGAGUUUGUGGUGAAGUGCACGGAGAUUCAGGAUCCGUUCGGCCCGACGAUUACGGAGGAGCAGAUUUCGGCGCUGGUGAUUUCGGCGGAGACGAGGAAGGGAGGGGAUGCGGUGAAUGAGAAGAGGAAGGAGAAGGGGUGGGCGCCGUUGGAGGUUUUUGAGGUGGAUGUGCUGGAUGCGGAGGAGGGAGGGGAGGUGCAGGAGGGGUUUGAGAUCACCCUGACGGCUGGAUACGUUGGAACGAUGGGCGCUUGA